AUGACACCUUUGCUGUCGCUGGUGCUGCUGGACCUGUUCGGCCUCGUCUCUGCAGCUCUGGACCCGGCGACAGAAUCUCUGGCCCCUCAUCGGAAGAACGUGUAUCGGGCGGUGACUGUGGGAGACAACGUUACCCUGGAAUGUCCGCACGAGACCCAGGUCUUCAAAUACUUCUGGUACGAGCAGAGUCUGGGGGAGACGCCAAGACUGGUGGCUAGCAUCUACCGCGGCGCCUCUACCAUAGUCAUGGACACACGCUUUACCGUCUUCACAGACGACAGUAAAAACAACUUGGAGAUGUCCAACGUGCAGCCGUCACACUCCGCCACCUACUACUGCAUCAUGAGCUACUCCAUGACAUUUGAGUUUGUGCGAAGCGUCACCGUCUUCGUGAAGGGAGCGCAGCCGGACGUCCAGCAACCCUCGCACAGAGACGUGAAGCCGGGACAGACAGUGGUCCUGAACUGCACUGUGCAAACCGGACCGUGUGAGGGACCGCGAGACGUCUACUGGUUCAAGGAGUCGGAGGCAGCGGAGCCAGGAAUGCUCUACAGCCAUAGUGACCAGUGCGAGCCCAACGUGACCAGUGCGGACAGAUCUUGCGUCUACAACCUGCCCCUGAACAACGGUUUUCCCAGACUGGUCCAGUUCAUGGCUGCCCAGCAGGACGAUGGACAAGGCCGAGGAAAGAUGGACGACAGCGGCACAUGGAGCGAAUGCAUCUACCUCAGUGUGCAAUAA